AUGGCUGGAAAAUCCGUGGAAAAUACACAGGGCAUCACACAGGCUAAAAGACAAGAUAAUAGUAUACUGAGAGAAAAGACUAGUGUUUCAACUCCCAGAAAAUUUGUAGUUGGUAUGGAUUUUUCAAUUGUCACACAGAACACAUUAGGGGUUCUAUCAGGAGGUCAAGGGGAUAAGCAACCACCAGAUAGAGGUGUACAUAACUAUGAUCACACGGUUAAUGGAAGAAUAUGGCUAUUAGUGGACAGAAAUAUAUGGCAAGUGGAUGGGAUAAAAACAGAUGCUCAAUUUAUACAUUGUACCAUUAGUAGCUCUGCUGUCAAGUGUGCUAUGACUGUGGUAUAUGGGUAUAAUAGUUUAGAGAAGAGAAAGGAGAUGUUGCAAAAGCUUAAAAACCUUGCACAAACCAUUAACCACACAUGGUUACUAUGGGGGGAUUUUAAUGCUAUUAUCUCUACUCAAGAUAGAGUAUCAAAGACUGCACCAACACAAGUAGAUGUUCAAGACUUUGCAAAUUUUUAUUCAGACACAAUGAUGUCUGAAAUCCCUUGGAGAGGGGAAUUCUUUACCUGGACAAAUGGGCAAAUGGGUGAAGAUAGGGUAAUUAGCAGGAUAGACAGAGCAUUGGGGAAUGAUGAUUGGAUGAUGAACUUUGAACACCUAACAAUUGAAAUAGGGGAUCCAUUUAUCUCAGAUCACUCACCACUCACACUAAAAUUUCAGAGAAGAAACAAUAACAUAAGAGUGCCGUUCAGAUUUCUAAAUGUUUGGGCUGAGCAUGAAGACUUUCAGAGUAUUGUUAAUGAAGGAUGGCAAGGAGAGCACCAGUCUUGCAAGCUAGCAACUAUCUGGUACAUGCUGAAAGCUAUGAAGCCUGUAUUUAAGAACUUAAACAACAGAAACUUCAAGAAUAUAGCAGAGAAGAUGGAUCAAGCAAUAAGGGAUCUGAUUGAAUGCCAACAAGCAAUGAAUAGAGGCUACUCAGAUCAGCUAAGUAUGAUGGAGAAGGAGGCCAGAUUUCGAUUAGAAAAAUGGUCAAGCAUUGAAGAGAAGAUACUACAACAGAAAUCAAGAGCUCACUAG